GCACCCCAUACUAUUGUGUGCACUCGGCCCAAAACUGUGCACUAGGCACUAAAAUGAGCUGCACACCGCUCAUUAACUGUGCACCCCUCCCUACUGGAGUGCUGCACCCGGCACCAUUUGCUGCACACCACCCUUACCACCCGUUUCCCGCCUUGAAGGGCUUAUAAGCCCUGACCAAAGAAGGGUUCGGGUUCGCCAUUGUCCGUCUGUAUUGUAGCCUGUCAGUCACUGUCUGCUGUCCCAAGUCCUGUCAGUGUCUGUUCGUCUCCCGUGGUGAUCCAUUUUAGUUUGUGGGUUCUGGUAAAAGGAUUUGUUCGAGUGUGGGAGAGAGAGAGCCUCGCGAGUGUGGGAACGCCCCACUCAAGGAUUAUUGGCUUCUGCCCCGUGGACUUGAACUCAGAUACUAUCGUCCUUGCCCGCUGGAUUGGACUGUAAGCCGAAGGGCUACCAAGCGCCGACCCCAGAGGGAAUCUACCAGACUCACUGGAGGCAAAGAUCCACCUGCAGGAGGGCGGUUCAACAGGACUACCUUUCCCUGUCAGCGAAGGACUCCCUGCUGUCCUCCCCUAAGGCUUUACAUUAGCCAAAGGGUAGAAGGUCGCAGGCAUCAAUCGCCAUCUGCCUCUGAUUCGUGAAGUAUAUUCCCCUUUGUUGUAUCCGGGGCUUAUCUAUCUUCUUUUCUUCUGGGAUAAGGUGGGUUUACACUGUUGUUGUUGGUGUAUGUUCUACUGUUCAAAAUAUAUGGUUUGGCCCUAAACAUUGGUCUAGCCUGAUUUGUGGUUACCCAAUCCAACGGUGAUCAGAUACGUUACACCAGGCCGAAUCUGGCUUCUGGGAGGGGGACACCCGGCUUUAGGCCGUGGGCUUAGUCAUUGCCAUUAGCUUUAGUUCCCACAACAAUUGCUUACCUCAGUUCCCCAGGUAACAGUUUGGCGACCGCGGCAGGACCUGGUGAGGGUUGCUUCAUCCCUUGUCAGGCCCUGAGCACACUCACACUUGUAUGGGUGGUGCUUAAACAUACAACAACAACAACAGUAUUGCUGUGCUCGUGGCGGGUUCCGUCUUCGGGGACCCUAUCCGUUAUCCCCGAUUGUGAUUUCAAGGUGGUCCUGGGGUUCCAGCUGAGGGGGACGCCCCUCUGGGACCCAGGCCGCCCGACAGUGACAGGUUCCCGACCCUGUCAGCUGAGGGUAAAGCCCUGACCCUGGGAGCAGUCGCUUAAGAAGGCGGAAGGCCUACUCUGGGUAGUGCGCCUGGGCGCUGCAGUCAUCUUUUAAACCCCUUCUGCCGCUUGGUGCGGGCAGGAAAGCGGCACUCCCUGUUUGUGUGCGAUUUCGUGUUUUUCGGGUUUUUUUUAGUGAGGCACUGAUUGACAGGCUUUGGCUCCAAGCCUAGUCAUAACCCAGUGACUCAGAUUCUUUUUAGUGCGGGCUGGGUAAGCAGCCCAAUUAGCAAGAUGACAGCAAACCGGCUGUUUGACAUCGAUGGCUGGCGGCCCGCGCACAAUAAAAGCUCUUUGGAGUUUGCUGUCAAUUCUUUUGGGAAAGGAGCUAACCCCUGGGUGAAAGAUUCUUUCAGGGGGGAGGAUUCUCUCGAUAAGUUUGGCAGUUUGUGGGAAAAAUACGUGGAGGCUAAGCCCCACCCAAAACGGAAACAUCAAAAAAGGGCCUUGAUGUAUGGAUUGGCUAUGACUAGCCGAGAGCUAGCCUCUCAAAUGAGAUCAAUGAGAUCAAUGUAUGAUGAGGCAAUGCACCACUUGAGUGUGGUUGAGGGAAAGCUAGAACGGAAGGAGCUUGAGGUUGAGUCCAAGGACUCCCUUAUUCAAACUUUGAAUGCUAAGAUGUCUGUUCUAGAAAAUAAAUUAGUUGACUCAUGUGUAAAAGAGGAAAAGGCAAAGGUGUUGAUAGUUGAACAAACUAAACAGCUUGAUGACACCCAAGCCGCUGUGAGGCAACUCAUGAAAGAAGCUAGCAGCGUGCGAGCUAAAGGGGAUCACACUCAGUGUAAUGAAACCAUUUGUAAGCUGCAGCAGCAGCUGGGCAUGGCGAAAGGAGUAGUGGCGGCUAUUCAGCCCCAAUACCGAGAGGUAGACUGGUUGGGGGAAGGUGAAGUACAAUCCAGUCUUCCCUCUGCUCCCCCUCCAUCGUAUCCAGGAGGGGAGGAAAAAUCGGAGUGCAUGGCCCCUAUAACUACCACCCGGGUACAAUAUCCUGGUCAACCUUACCCGGUGAUAAAACAAGAACAGAGGGCCCUGACGCCAGAACAGGCUCGGGCUCUAGGUAAAAAUAUGGGACCAUGCAAUAAAGAGAAGGUAUUGGACUGGGUUGCCCGAAUAUGUGCCACCCCUAAUUUGAGCUCAGAAGAUAUAGUGAUUCUGUUAAAAGAAUGUAUGCCAGUGGAGGAUUAUUUAGCACUUCCCUGUUCUGUGAUCACUGACCCUAACCCGGACAGGAAAGUGCUGUUUACAGCUGUGUGUAAAGUGUUCUUCCCUCAAGAAGAUCUGGUAGGGAAGGCAUACUCAGAUCAACAAAGAGAGGGAGAAAAACCUGAGCUGUAUAUAAUUAGGAAAAAAACCUUAUCUUGGUUAGCUGGGCUUGGAGAUCAGAGGGCUGAUAGACUAGAGUGUGACAACCCCCAGUUUAAAAAAAUGUGUUAUCAAGGCUUACUCCCAAAUUUGAAAUUGGCCCUAGGAGCUUUCGAUUAUCAGAAUGCUCCUCUUCCUAUGUUUGAGGAAAAAUUAAGGGAAGUUUUUGAACUGCAGCAGAUGGCAGCUGCUGGACCUAAACAGCACACCAAAAGGAUAUCAGCCUUGAAUGAGGAAAACCAGGCUGGAGAAAAACCUUCUAAAAGGGAAAACCAGCCAUCAAAAGAGCAAAAAGCCCCAAAGUCUAGCUUUCCUCCUCGGGUAUUGUGGGGAAAGAAAGAAAACAUUUCUGCUACCCGAAAAGUUCUUGCCCAGAGGCUGUCAAAAUAUCUGCCCUGGGACAAGAUAAAAUCCAUGAAUACAGACUCUAUCUUUAGCGAGCUAGUCCAGUGGGAAGGAAAAGCAGCUGCUGCAGCCGAGACUCCAUUUUGUGAGGAGAGGUCAAGAUGUACGGCACCACCAUCUUGUCACAGUCCUUUGGAGCCUGAUGGGCGCCGCCAUUUUGAAGACCGUGGGAACCAGGGUCGCCAUUUUGAAGACCGUGGGAACCAGGGUCACCAUUUUGAUGACCGUGAGAACCGCGACCCCCAAUGAGGAUGCCGAGCUUCCCUGCCCCUGAAGAUGCAAUGGAUUACUUCACUAUCAUUUGAUGUAUAUGGACGACCAAUAGUAAAGAUUAUGUAUAAAGGGAAGUUCGGAACCAUUGAACAGCAAGCAUUGGUGGAUACAGGGGCUUCUACCAGCCUGAUCUGCACUAAACAAUCACCUAUAAUCAGGAAUACAAAUAUUGAUCAUAUAAGAACUUUACAAUCUUAUAAUGGCAAAACCUCUAUUGUACCCUUCAUUAAGGAUGUUCAUUGUCAACUAGGAUCCUUACAGAUUACAACCACUAUUGGUCUGCAAGAACUGGAUAAUGUGGGUAUCCUUGGCAUGGAUUUAAUUAAAAACUAUGGAUUAGUCAUAGAUCUACCUAACCGGUGCCUAUAUAAGACCAGUGAAGAAGAUGAAGUAGGAACCAUCGUAUUACCCUCUCACCGGAUAGGAUCUGUAAAAGCAUGUCAGGAUAUAGCGAUGCCCACCUGGGAAUCAGAUGUGCAGGAGAUAGUGGAGCGACAUUUAAGGGUAUUUGCACAACAUAAGCUCAGCUGCGGGAAAAUACAACAGAUAGUUAGUGUAACUGGACCAGACCCACGCCC